UUUUUUUUUAUAUACUAUUAUUAUUCUUUUCUUUAUACAAAUAGAGUCAAUGGUGAAUAUAACGACUGGAAUUGCUAAUUUAGUAUGCAUUGGGUUUACUUUAAUUUAUAUUGCUGGUUUUUAUAUAUUUAAAACACCAGGGGAUCGUAAUGAUCCACCUGUGAUGAGAGCUCGCAUGAAGGCUGUCAUUAUUGCUUCUAUUAUAUCAGCCCUUAUUGUUAUGUUUCUCUUAAAGUUGACAGGAUCCAAAUAUAAUACUGCUCAAGUACUAGGAAUUGAUCAGCCCUCUCAUUUUAUAUAUAUUUUUAGUUAUCUACGACCACUUGUGCUAACUUGUGGAUUGUUUCUUGGACCUUUAAGUAUAAUGUACUUUGAUCAGGAACUUCCAUUUCAAAAACAUUUCAAUUUCAAAAGAGAUGUCGCGAUGAAUAUUAUGAGCUUAUUAGGACAACGUAAUUAUAUAGUGGCUCCGUUAACAGAAGAGUUUGUUUUUAGAGCUUGUAUCAUUUCUGUACUAAAGCAAGCAGCUUAUUCUCGUACCUAUUUAAUAUUUGUCUCUCCAUUUUAUUUCGGUAUAGCACAUCUUCACCAUGCUUGGGAUAAAUAUCAAAAGUUAGGUAAAACGAGAUAUGCAUUUAAAAUGGCGAUGUUAUCUUCAUUGUUUCAAUUUGCAUAUACAACACUAUUUGGAUGGUAUGCAAGCUAUUUAUUUCUAAGGAUGGGUAAAUUAUGGCCACCAGUAUUAUGUCAUUCGUUUUGUAAUAUAAUGGGAUUUCCAGACUUUAAUGGGAUUUCUCAUAGACCGACUUAUGAAAAGACAAUUAUCUAUUGCUGUUUUCCAAUUGGUAUCUUAUUCUUUGUAUACAAUAUCGACUAUCUUACACUUCCAUCUUCUGUAGGUGGAUCGAUCUAUUGGAAAUAAAUAAUAUAUCAUUUCUUGUCAUUUGGCUUUUUAUCAUGAUCCAUAGCAUUUUCAAUCAAUCUUUUUGUACUCUCUUUCACCAAGUAAAAGGCAUCUCCUUUUUGCAUACUUGACCAUAAUUUAGAGAAAAAGGCUUGUUGACUGCCAUCCUUCCAAGAACUAAUAUAUCUUUGUGUAAAAUGCUGUAAUGGAGUAAAUGUCCUCUGAAUAGCUUUGGAGA